AUGUCGCUCAGCAUUGCAGGUCCAGUGACAGUGCUGUCUUCUACCGUCUUGCGCCUGGCCACUUAUGUCUUUCUCCGCUGGAUUCCGGGCCAUGUCGCUCCUCCUGUCAUAUUGACUGCAUUCGCUAUCUAUGCCACAUCCUUUUUCUAUUCAUUCACUCACACAAGCCCUUACGAAGUCGUCGCAGAUGAGCUUGAUAUCAUCACCAGAGAUACCAUUGAUCGUGACGACAGCGACGAGGGUGAAGAUGAGGUCCUCAUCGACGCUGAAACCGCAGAACCUCUUCAGGAAAUUGACGUCCAGGAGACCAUCGUGCUUGAAGAAAAGGACCCCAAGAUCCUGCGAAGCCUUCUGACCGGCCUUCCAAGCCCCAGCUCUCUCUUCUGGUCCGGUGUGACCUUCCUGACCAACGUCGCUCUGCUAGCCAUGGUGGCUGACAUGGUUUACCGCGCUCCUCUCUUCCAUCCUUCCCACAAUCUUUCCUUUGUGCGUCUCGGCCAUGUCUCUGAGAACAGCGCAAAGCUUCUGGUCAGAGAACCACGUACAUCCGAACAUCCUCUGCGUAUGAGUUACAGAUACGCCGGCGAGUCGCCUGACGAUGGCAUUCGCGACCACGACGCUAGCUGGAAGCACCCUCACAACAGCAUCGAUGUCGACGAGAGCACCGACUACACUGGUAUCUUCCACCUGACCGGACUCAGACCCGACACUACAUACCAGUACACUGCAUCCAACAACCACACCGGCUUCUUCGUCACGGCACCCAGACUUGGCCGCACCGCUCCUCGCAACAAUGAUGUCUUCACCUUCCUGCAUUCAUCCUGCCUCAAGCCCAGAUUCCCUUACAACCCACUGCAGCACCCACUCGAGCUCCCAGGCCUCAAACAUCUGGCUAGACUUUUGCCCUCGCUGAAGGCUCAUUUCAUGAUCUUCAUGGGAGACUUCAUCUACGCCGACGUACCCAAGCGUUUUGGUACCGAUGCUGAGACUUAUCGCAGAGAGUAUCGUCAAGUCUACUCUUCGCCUCAAUGGGAGUCCGUGAGCUCAGAGGCCAAUUUGCCCUGGAUCCAUGUCUUGGAUGACCAUGAAAUUGCAAACGACUGGGACAAAAACACUACUGGAGUCUACGAGGCUGCUGUGGAUCCAUGGCAUCAUUACCAGGCUUCUGUCAACCCGGACCCUGUUCGUCCUGGUGCGACCUACUUCACAUUCGACCAGGGACCUGCAUCGUUCUUCAUGAUUGACACCCGCCGCUAUCGCCAACCCUUCGACGGCACUGAUGGCUCGUACGGCGAAUCUCAAGCUGAGACUGGCUACAAGAAGAGCAUGCUCGGUAGUGAGCAGCUAAAAGAUCUUCUUGAUUGGCUUGCAGCUCCUGUUCCGACUGGCGUCCGAUGGAAAGUCGUCGUCUCCAGCAUUCCCUUCACCAAGAACUGGCGUUUCGGAAGCGAGGACACUUGGGCUGGAUAUCUCGGCGAGAGACAGAUCAUCUUGGAGGCUAUGUGGGACGUUGGUCUUCGUGGCGGUGUUGGCGUCGUAGUCCUCAGUGGCGAUAGGCACGAGUUUGCCGCCACCUCCUUCCCACCACCCACCGAAGACAAGAAGUGGCCAAUCAGUGCGACUGUCCAUGAGUUCAGCGUCAGUCCGCUGAGCAUGUUCUACCUUCCUGUGCGCACAUACGAGCAGACCGACAACGAAGACGUGUGUGUUAAGUACAUGCCCGACGGCAACUCGAAGUUUGGCGCUCUCAGUAUCAGCACACCAGCUACUUCUGACCAGUCCGAGCUCAGAUACCGCCUCUUCAUUGACGGUAAAGAAGCCUGGAGUCACAAGAUCCUCACACCUCCUGUUGUCCACGGCAGUGGUCGUGGCAAGGAUGCGCUAUGGGGUUAG